AGGGAGUGUGAGGUGGGCGGGUGGCCGCUGUCUCGCUCCUCACGUUCACAUAAACACCAAUUACUUCCUCUUCUUGUUUUUAUAACCAAACUUAACAACAUCGAGGACAUGCAAGCAAGAGUGAACACUGGUGAGAGUUGAGUGUGUGAGAGUAGACAGGUCACAUGUUACCCGUCUACCAAUACGAGUCAAGGGACGAGGCUUCUACCACAGCUUGUCGACCGAGUGACCCACCUCUUUUACCCCCCAAGAGGAGCGCCGUGUGGACCAGCAUGGCUGACCGUCAACACGACAGGACAGACGACCGACGGGAGGAUCAUCCCAAACAGCUGGUGAAGACGGGAGGAGAUACAGUGAUGGUGUUGACGGAGGAGAGGUGGCUCUUACGAAGGUCUGCGUCGUCUCUGCCGGCUUGUCUUACUAACGGAGGAGAAAGAGCGCCCCAGGGGAGAGACAGGGCCAGGAGGAACAGUGCCAAUAUACUGAAGGUGGACAAAAGUUACUUGGACAGUAAGAGAAGACAGUUUAUAAGACAGACACUGCCGUUCCCAGGUCGCGCGCCGCCGCCACCCAGAGAUGCCGCAAAAUCGAAGGUUGAUAGCGGUAGGGUAGCUGCGGCCAGCGUCAGUGCCGCUGUGAGUGCCGCUGACUUAGCUUCUUCCCGGGCCACCGCUGCCUCCGUCGCCGUCGCCAGUACCGGUGGCAACAAACACGACAGUAGAUCCACCAAGUACAGCAGAAGUGUGACAAAUCUGGCGUCUGUGUUGAGGCGGCCAGACAAUACCAGGACCCAGCACAAACAUCGUCACCGUCACCACUCUGAGAAGAGUCAUAAGUACAUCGCUACUACAACCACAGGGGCACUCACCCGCCCGCCCCUGCACGGUGGUGGCGGUGCCCUCCCUGACACCCACGCACGGCCACUGUGGCGGCCCAUGCCCCAGCCGCCACCGCCACCCCCGCCAGAUCCCGUCAAACCCAAAAGUAUGGCCACCCACGGCUGUAGCUCGUGCUGUGCCGCUCUCAACACUGCUCCCUACUCCUCCCUCCUCCUGUUGCCAUUACACCUUCUGCUACUCAUCGUCCUCAUCUCCUAUUUGAUUUUCGGCGCCUUCAUCUUCUCCAAGCUGGAGGGGCCAGAAGGAUUCAGUGACCCGGCAGUACUGGUGAGCCGCAACACUGUCACUCUCCCAGGGACACCGAGGGACCCUGAGAUGGCCGCCGCCCGGGAGGAGUUGGUGGACCGUCUCCUCAACACCUCCCUCGACCUUAUCCUUGAUAGGAGCCAGGAGGUGGUCAUUGCUGCCAUAUUCACCUCCUCCAGGAUGCAGAAUGCUCUCAGGGCCUUCCAGCAAGCUGGGGGUAGACAUCUGCCCUCUGAUGGGGAGUUGGACCGUCUAAGUCGCUCUGUGACAAUUGAGUGGCAGCAGCAGCUACACAACAUUACUGCCCGCUACCACACACUGGUCACACGUCACGCUCAUGGCUUCAAGGUGGAUGCUGGUGAGCGACAGCUAGUGUGGAGCAGCGAGGAGCCGCCCUCACCGUUGCCCUGGACAAUGUGGCCAUCACUGCUCCACGUCUUCUGUCUGGUUACAACCAUCGGCAGCAGCGUACACGCCCAGAACCUCGGGGGGAGGAUGUUUGCUUUCUACUACAUGUUGCUGGGGAUCUUCCUCUACCUGGCUGUAAUAAUGGUGUGGGCAGCACGGCUCAGCUCCACGUAUUCGCUUAUUGUCAAAAAGUGUACCAGGAAAAAGGUUGACUCACAAGGAGGGAAUACAAGAGCUUCUCCAUACCACAGUAUGCAGAGCCGCCCACCACCUGCCCCACACCCCUACACCCUACCCAGGCUUGUCACACUGGCCAGCAUUCUUCUGGUGUACGUGCUGAGUGUGGGGGCUUACAUGGUGGGGGGACAAGACUACUGGACUGGCGUCGAGAAUGCUAUUUUCGUCUUGUUCACAAUCAGACCACCAAUUCCUCUCCCUCAGGAAGCGACCAAAGUGACGACCUUCAUAGCAUUUGUCAUGAUGGGCCACGUCUUGCUCACCCUGAGCCUCUACACCCUCAAGGCAAAGUGUCAACAUUGGUGGAGUUUAUGGGGCAGGACGUCUUGAUCAGUUUAUGCUCAAUAAUAUUAUCAUGUUGCAACAACAUUGGUUGAUGGAUUCUAACAUUAUUUUACCUCAGAAGCCUCAAUGGUACACUGGUAUGUCCAAUAAAUUACUUUCUCAAAA